UUUAAAUUUUAACUAAAAAAAUGUUAGGUCUUUUUAUUAACAUUAUUUUUUGCGUAACUGCUGGUGCUUUUGCCCAGUCAACAUCGGCUUCAUCUUAUUCUUCAUCUUCAUCUUCAUCUCAUGCUAAUUCAUACGGUUCCAAUACGAUUCCUGGAUCUCAAACAUUAAUGAACGGGCCUUGUCCUGACAUUGUUGCGGAUCGAUAUGAAUUAAAUUCAUUCAGCGGCAGGUGGUAUGAACUCGAACGGAGUAUAAAUAUGUAUGAUAGCUUCGAUGAAUGUCAGGAAAUAGAGUGGAGAGAAACAAACACUAAUUCUACAAUACUUAUCUUCAGUGCCGCUUCAGUUCUUACAAAUGAAACUUCUACAACAUUGGCGGAAGUGGUUCCAACUGAAAAAGGAUUUAUGUUCACUUACCUUUUGCCAAUUUUGGGUAGAAUCUCUAACGAGCACCAGUUUAUUGGUACUGAUUUUGAUACCUAUCUGAUAAAUUGGAGCUGCGAGAACGUAGAUGAUAAUAAGCACAUCGAAAGGACCUAUGUGUUUUCACGUCAUCCAAAAUUGACUCGUGCUAUCAAACAUGCGAAACGAAGGGCAUUCCGUAAAUAUCAUCUCACAUUACCAAAAAUGAUUCCUCGUGAUUUUUCAAACUGUACCGCAGCCUUUAAAACUUACAAUUACUUGUAAUGAAAUGUUUUUGUAGAAUUUGAUUAAUAAAUUAUUAUUUAAAACUAAA